AUGACGGCAUUGUAUUCAGAUAAUCAUGACGCGGAAGGUCUCCCUUUAUCCCACUGCAACGAUCUUCACGCCCGAGAAACACUAAGUCACCUCCCUAAGACAACAACCGGUAGGCGACGAGCCUCCGUUGCAGAAACAUCUCUCGACAAAGACGAGACUCUCUCCGAAAAGGUCCGCCUUUCUCAGCCACAUGUCGCCAGAAUAGACAAGGCCACCCCUAUCGAAAAGACCGUGCUGUAUCUGGCCUACGGCUCGAACUUGUGCGCAGAAACUUUCCUGGGAAAGAGAGGGAUCAGACCACUUUCCCAGAUUAAUGUUGUCGUACCGGAUCUACAAUUGACCUUUGAUCUUCCCGGACUUCCGUACAUAGAGCCUUGUUUUGCGGCAACGCAGUAUCGUCAUGUCGCGCACGAUAACCUCGACGACGAAGAUGAAAUCGAGGGAAGAGGGACAGACAUGUCGGAGAAGAAGACUACACACAAGGACUAUCAAUUUGAUGGCCCCCUUGUUGGAGUGGUUUAUGAAGUCACCCUUUCCGAUUAUGCUCGCAUAAUCGCCACGGAAGGCGGCGGUGGUGGAUAUAAGGAUAUCGUGGCAGAUUGUUACCCUUUUCCCCAAUCCUAUGAUCCCGCGGAUCCUGUCCCCGAAUGUCCUGCUACCACUCCAUUCAAAGCCCACACGCUUCUCUCGCCAGUCAAAGAGGGCGACGAUGACACCCUUGCUCAAUAUCCCCUUGUCCGGGUAUGGAGCUCUUUGUUCUCGCGAUCAAAAUAUCCUGGCCGUCCUCACCCCAGUGGCUAUGCGCAACCGUCCGCUCGCUACCUGAACCUCAUCACUACCGGCGCCGCCGAACAUAAUCUCCCCUUGUCCUAUCAGACUUACCUCUCCCAGGUCCAGACUUACCAGAUUACGACUGUGCAGCAGCGGAUCGGCCAGGUCAUAUUUGUGGCAUUGUGGGGACCGUUUAUGCUCCUGUUCCUUAUAUUGUCGAAGGCUAUGGCAGGCCCAGAUGGUCGUAGCCCGUCGUGGGUUAUGAAGUUAAAUGAUCUUAUGCUAUUCGCCAUGUGGGCCUCGUACGAUAAUGUAUUUGUAAAGGUCUUUGGUGAUGGUGAAAGGACGAUCGGAGGGCAGAGCGAUACUGCAGGACCAACUCCUACACUUUGA